ACACAGGAAAACCCUGAUUGGUCCAGAGCAGUGAUCAGGAAGUGUUGAAUCCAGUUUGGGAUUAUGGGAGCAUCUACAUUGGGAAAGGCAGCAUCUCUAGAUGCUCUCCUCAAAGAAUGCGCUCGUGCGUUUGAUGAUAAUGGGGAGCUGCAGGCCAACCUGCUCCCUCGCAUCCUGCUGCUGAUGCACCGCUGGUACAUCACAUCCUCAGAACUGGCGGGAAAACUCCUGAUGAUGUAUCGUGACUGCAAAGAUGACAGCUGCCAAAGAACACGGUUGAAGAUUUGUUAUUUAAUGAGGUACUGGAUAGUGACAUUCCCUGCAGAGUUUAACCUGGACCUGGGUCUAAUCCGGUUAACAGAGGAGUUCAGAGAUGUGGCUGCUCAGCUGGGCUCUCAGGAACAUUUCAAGCUACUCGACAUCUCCACCAU